AUGGCCAGCUUGUCGGCUGAGGGCGUUGAGACCGUCAUUAAGCUGCAGCGGAAAUUGGGGCGCCAGUAUCUGAGGGUGCUGCUGGAAUGGAAGGAGUUUGACGAAAUCCGGGAUUUGCGUCGGAGCAUCCAACUCGACACCAUCUACCACAGUCUGGUGUUUGCUGCUGAGAAAGGCUUGCCCUGGCUGGCUGUGGCAGAAGUCGGGAAACUGACAGUCGAACUGCUGGAUGAAACCAAAGGUUUGCCCAUUUCACAGGCCAUCCAGAUCCUACAAGAGAAGCUUACUGCCUUCCGGGUGAGGCUGCCCGUUGUCAAACUACGUGCAGUGUGUGAUUACUUUCAUAACACUUUCAUUAAGCAUUACUGGCUGUACCAGUUCACAUUAGAGCAGGAGAGAGACCGCUGUCAGACAUUUACCAGCCUCGAACUCUACGCUCCACCCACACCUCUGCCGCUGAUGGAAGGCAUGGAUGUUGAAGUCUGGAAGUACCAGCAACAGCUGGCCGCCCUCUCUGAGAUGGAAGCCCAAAAGAGAGCUGAGAUGGUGCUUAUCCGAGAAACCCUGGACCGGGAGAAGGAACGUACGCUGCAGAAAGUGUACAGUGAUGUCCAACGACAAGCACGGGUCCUCAGCAAAGAGGCUCUGAUGUGCCUUGUCAGUGAAGCCAUUAAGACCCAGAUCCAGAGUCUGUGUGAGAUUCUACAGAGUGAGAUCCAGACCACCUUUGAUAUCUUACAGUUGAAGCUCCAAAAGAAGUCACUUCUGCUCAACCCCCCAGUCCCAUACCCUCCACCACCUACCCCUGAAGACAAAAGGAGAUCCAGCAAAAAUCCAAAGAAGCAGGAGAAAACAAAGGAAAGGGAGGGGGAUUUCUACCUCCAUAAAUUCUGGGCAUGGCAGCCAAGGAAGAUCGCCACCUGUUUCUUUGACUUCAAGGAAAUGAUCGCUCAGGGAAACACAGUCAUUCGCUCGUGGGCUACGUUCCAGGGCCAUCCGGGAAAGGUGAUGUAA